GCGCUUUCUAUAUAUUCAGCAACGUUGGCGGCAUUUGUCAUUUAUCUGUCAACCGCUGCUGAAGUAACAUAUGUGCGGAUAAGAUACAGUAUUUGUCUUUCCCACAGUUUUUUUUUCGAGAAAAUCUUGAUCAUGGCCGAUUCAGAUGAUGAGUACGAUCGGAAGCGCCGCGAUAAAUUUCGUGGCGAGCGUAGCUCGGGUGAUAGUUACCGUUCGGAGCGACGCGAUGACAGACGUGGCGGCGGUGGUACAGGUGGAGGUGGUCGGGAUGACUGGGCAGAACGGAACCCUUUCCGUGGAGGUGGAGGCAGCGGUAGUGGCAGCAGGCCUCGUCCAGAUUAUCGUGAUUAUCGCAGUGGCGGACGUGAACGUUAUGGAUCACCUGGUCGCGAAAUGCCCCCAGCGAAACGUAUGCGCCCAGAUUGGGGAGAAGAUAUGCGUGGAGCUCCUCGUUACGGUUAUGAUCCCUACCUUAUGCAUGCGUGGAAUGAGCAUUAUGCUGCACACGGCUAUCAUGGCGGUUAUGGUGGACAUAAUCAUGCACCGCAUGCGUCAAGAGAAGCGCAAAGCUCGGGAGAUUUACAAACCCAGCCAGCAAUGCUUACCUUGAAGCAAUUUUUGGAUACUCAGGAUGAUGGUAUUUCGGAUUCGGAAGUCUUGCGAAAGUAUAGCGAAUAUAAAAUUGAAUUUAAACGCCAGCAAUUGAAUGAAUUUUUCGUCGCACACAAGGACGAAGAAUGGUUUAAAAAUAAAUAUCAUCCCGCAGACAGCGUUAAACGGAAGGAGGAGCAACUGAACUUUUUAAAGAAACGUGUCGAUGUUUUCAAUGAGCUUUUGGUAAAUGGCCAAGUUAAAGCUGUAUCGAUUGAUACUUCGCAAACUGACCCUCUAUUACGUUUGCUUGACACAGUGGUAAUCAAAUUAGAAGGUGGCACAGAUGAUGAUUUGAAAAUUUUGGACGAAAAACCGAGAGAGUACACGUUCCCAGAAAGAUCGUUCGACAAAAAACCCCAACAUGAUGACGAUGUGAUUAUAACUUCGGUGGGUAAAAAACGUAACGAAGAUGAUGAACCCAAAGUUGUAUCGCCACGUCCAAUACGACGCGCACCUUUGUCGGAUGAUGAAGAGAACUGGGAUGAUGAUGACGCGGGUGACAACAAAGUAACAACAGAUAAAGGUGAUGUCAAAAAGGAUCACUCUGAUGAAGAAGAUAAAAGUGAUGAAGAGGAAAAGGGUAGGGAUAAAAAAUCCCUUAAAAGGAAACGUACCAGUUCUGAAUCGUCUUCAUCAUCUUCCUCUGAUUCAGAUUCAAGUAGCUCCAGUUCAAGCGAUGAAGAAGACGACGAGAAAGUAAAAGACAAGUAUGACUUGGGUCGGGUAAAAGAAGAAAAGGAUGCGGAAAAGAAUGUAGCAGACGACGUUAAAGAGAAAGAGGAUGUAGAUAAAACUAUAGACGCGCCUCAAGAUAAGGAAGUUGCAUCCGUUGAAAAUAAUCUUAAUGGUGAGUCUGAGAAAGAAUCACAACUUUCGCAAAAUGGCAUGAUAUUGAAUGAAAAGGCUGAAAAUAGCAGUGAGCAAAAGGAUGGAGAAGCCGAAGCUGAAGGUGAAAAGGAUGAUUCCGAAAAAAUUGCUGAACCCGUGCCUCGCGACGAUGAUAUGAAGGAAGCCACUUUCAACAAUAACAACCCCAAAAGCGAAGAUGCUAAAGAAGACAAACCUGAUUCAAAUGAAAGAGAUGAAAAAGAAGUUGACUUAGAAAAGAAAGAAAUUAAUGAACCAGAAGAUCAGCCGGAGACUAUAGACCUGGACAAGGUGAAGGACGGUCCCCAACCGCGAGCACUACAUCGCACUUCCUCGAUUUUCUUGCGAAAUUUAGCGCCUUCAAUUACUAAAGCUGAGAUUGAAACUUUGUGCCAACGCUUUGAUGGUUACUUACGUGUAGCGAUAGCCGACCCUUUGGUCGAUCGCCGUUGGUAUCGACGAGGUUGGGUUACUUUCAAACGGGAUGUGAACAUCAAGGAAAUUUGCUGGAAUUUAAAUAAUACGCGCCUCCGUGAUUGCGAAAUGGGUGCAAUUGUAAAUCGCGAUCUUAGUCGACGCGUACGUCCGGUGAACGGUAUGACUGCGCAUAAAACCAUUGUACGAUCUGACAUUAAGUUAUGCGCGAAAAUAGCAAUGAAUUUAGAUGAGAGAUUCAAGUUAUGGGAUAAAAACAACCAGAAAAAUACCGAGCAAACUGCUGAGAAUUCCAAGGGCAAUGGCGACGCAGCUGCUUCCUAUGGAUUUAAGUCAAAUAAUCCAGUUUUGCAAAAUAUCACGGACUAUUUAAUUGAAGAGGCCUCGGCAGAAGAAGAUGAAUUACUUGGUAUCUCUGGUGAAAAUAAAGAAUCGGAGGGAGAAAUGAUUGAGAGAGAUGUACAACUUAUUUCCGUGCUUGACAGUCUCAUUUUGUAUCUUCGAAUUGUACAUUCGGUUGAUUUUUACAAUCAUUGCGAAUAUCCUUACGAGGAUGAAAUGCCAAAUCGUUGUGGAAUAAUACACGCACGUGGUCCUCCGCCAUCCAAAGUGCAAGCCAACGAUAUACAGGAUUAUAUAAAGAAUUUCGAAAGCAAAAUGCAAACGUUCUUAACCAAAACUACCCCUAUAGACGAUGAAGAACUAAAAAAUUUAGGAAGCAAAGAUGCAGAAGCUGAAGUGGAGAAGUUCGUACAGGCAAACACACAGGAAUUGGCUAAGGACAAGUGGUUGUGUCCGUUAUCGGGAAAGAAAUUCAAAGGCCCAGAAUUCAUACGCAAACACAUAUUCAACAAGCACACUGAAAAGGUGGAUGAAGUACGUAAAGAAGUCGAAUUCUUCAACAACUAUCUGCGUGACCCCAAACGACCGCAAUUGCCCGAACACGCUAGUUCCUCUAAGCGCACCACUUCCGAGUCGGGUGGUUUAGGUUAUCGACCGUCAGUCUAUCCACCCGCAUUUAUGCCACCAUACGCUGCUUAUGCACCGCCAAUGAUGGUGCCCGGUCGCGGUGGACGUGGUUUCGGACCUGGCCGCAGAGAGCCAAUGGAACAACAACGUCGUAUUAUUGGUUAUCAUGACUUGGAUGCUCCUGCUAAUUUCGACAUGUUCGAAUAAAGCGAUUUGAUUCAACACUACAACAACAACGUACUACUACUAUAUAUACACGUUAAAUUUCAAAAAUUAAAAAAAAUAAAAAAAAAGCAGAAAAUAUCAAACACUUACAUAUACACAUACUAAGAAUGUAGUAUUCGAAAGAGGCAAAAGGAAUCAUAUUAAAUAACCACAACAAUGACAACAAAAGACGUUCAGCAAUAUACUUAUGUGGGACAAUUUAUGAUUUCAUUAAAUGAAUAUUACCAGAUCACCUUAACGGUUUUGUUUAGUUUCAAUCUUUUUCUGUAAAAUCUUUUAUUAGUGGCGGAGUAACUUUCAAAGUUCACAAUAGUUUUAUGUAUUGCUGCAUAUUGCUUGAUGGUUAAUGUUAAUUUUUUGCUUAGUUUUUCUUCUUUUAAUCUUAUUUAUUGAGCUAAGUAAUUUUUAAUUAACAAUGAACAAACCAAUAAAAAGUGUAAAAUAUAAAACAUUUCUAUUUAUGUUUAUAUGCUUACAGACCCCCUAAUAAGUAUCGUCAAUUAACACAGUACAGGGACUUGGAUGCCCCUCAAGAACCAGUUGACAUAUUUAACUAAUGCUGAAUAUAAAACUAUUUAUAUAAUAUAUAAAUAUACAUUUAUUAUGUUUAAUUUAAAAUUAAGACUUGCUAAUGACAUUGGAAAUGUAAAAAAAAAAUAAUUCAAAAAGCGUCGGAUAACUAUGUAACACGGGUAUCAUACAUACAAAACUAGAUUUUUUUUUUUUUGGAAAUUAUUAUGGAAUAAAUACAGAAUAAUAAAUGUUGGUCCAAAAAAA